GCGUAGGUCACGUGAUCAAAACAGUGUCAUGGCGGCGUCCACGGCGGUCCGGGCGGCUGUGAGCUUCACUCAGCGGUUCGUCCGAGUUUCUCCGGACUGCAGCGUUUGUCCGCUCUACCGACUGAACGUGUGUACGGGAGCCGCGGUCGACGGGUUUUCAGCUCCUAACAGACGCCUGCGGACCAGCAUCGGUGUGUGUCAGAGUGCAGACAGCAGCUCACCGGAGGAGGAGCAGCGAGUGGUUAAUGUGGUGUUCAUCGACCGCUCCGGACAGAGGAUUCCCGUCGAGGCGAGGGUCGGAGAUAACGCUCUUCACCUGGCGCACAAGCACGGCAUUGAACUGGAGGGCGCCUGUGAAGCGUCUCUGGCCUGCUCCACCUGUCACGUGUACGUCAGCAGCGAACACUAUGAGAAACUUCCAGAGCCUGAGGAACGGGAGGACGAUAUGCUGGACAUGGCUCCGAUGCUGCAGGAGAACUCUCGUCUGGGCUGCCAGAUCGUCCUGACGCCGGAGCUGGACGGCAUGGAGCUGACGCUGCCCAAGGUCACCAGGAACUUCUACGUGGACGGCCACGUGCCCAAACCGCACUGAGCCGUGUUCCAGAUCGCAAAGCACUGUGGGAUACGACACUAACCCAGCCUCUUCCUCUGCGCGGCUCUCAGUGAGCGGGUUAUGAGCUGAAGAGCACUGAACUCUUGAGCUGAAUUCGGUCCUCAGGUAUUUCCUCAAGAAGGACUCCGGCGUGCCGCUUCAUUAUCCUUCACAUAACCACAACAUUAGAGAGAGUGUAGUUUUGGUUUAAAGGGAUAGUUUACCCAAAAAUGAAAGUUCUGUCAUUAAUCACUCGCCCUC